AUGCGUUCGUUCUUUAUCUUCUCCGUGCUAGCCCUUGCUGCGUCUGUCGUGGCUCAAGAUGUGGAUUCAAGUGAUAUCCCGUCCCAGUGCAAGGACGUCUGCGCCCCUGUUGUCAGCCUAACUUCCACUUGCGACAAGAAGGCCAGUAACGACGAUGCGGCUGAGAUGAAAUGUGUCUGUAACGAUCCCCGCGCAUCGAAGAGUGUUCCAGACUGCGCUGCUUGCCUUGAUACGUAUAGCAAAGACGGCAAGAACAACGAUGCCAAUGAUCUUGUCCGCCAGUGCUCUUUUACCUCGACCACGUAUGAUGCUAUUGCCUCCUCUCCCUCCGCAACAUCCAACUCUACCAGCUCGACUUCUCCUAGUACUGCUUCAGGCAGCGGAAAUAUGUCAUUCACCUCUAUGAGUGGAACUGCGUCUGCCACAGGCAGUUCUACUAGCUCGAAUGCUGCGUCGUCGACUCCGAACUCAGCCGGCAAGUCAACUGAGCUAACAACUGGACUUUUUGGAACAGCUCUUAGCCUCAUGGCUUUUGUUGGACUCUGA